UACACCAUACGAUCAACUCUUCUCGUGUCAUCCAUGCAGGUAACCUCAGUACAAAUUUGAUGGAGCUCUUCAAGCAUCAAUCUCGUAGCGAUCUUCAUUUUAUAAAAAUUGUCACCGGCGUAACGUACCCUCUUUCCGAUCUCUUCCGUGUAACCAUUCCACCGUAACCCAAGUGUGAAAUUUUGUAAUGUCAUCUGCAAUAAAACUGUAAUUAAGUUAUUACCAUAAAAAUCACAAAUCACAAUGAAAAAUAAUACAAAACAAACUUACGAAUUAACGUUAAUCGCAAAAACUAAAAAAAUGAAAGGUGCACCACUGAAGAAGAAUAAGAAGGAGGAGGAGGAGGAGGAGAGUAGUGAUAAUUUGAUUUUUCUGGGGUUGUCUUUUAUAGGCAAAAUUUACACUGAAAACCGCAGGGGGAGCGAUUUUAGUCUAGCAUCCAGCCCCCACCCCUGCAACCUCCUACAUGCCAACAUGUCGGAUGUCGAGGGAAUGGGUCGAGGCACAAACCGCUGGGGGGUGCGGUUUGUGCAUCGACCAAAUAAACUGCUUGCUUCAGGGGUGGUUUCUGUUGCCAACGUAGAACCGCACCCCGAGCAUGCGGUUUGUGCUAGGGCAGCCAUGGGAACCGCUUCUUCCAAGAGCGUUUUUCCAAAAAAAAUCAAACCGCUACUCCAACAUGUGGUUCCAUAAGAAACCGCCCAAUUGCAGUGCGGUUUUCACUAUAACCACCCCUCCGUGGUGCGGUUUUUAAUUAAGGGUGGUAGAUUUGGAUUUUUUUUGGUUUGGGUGAUAAGUUUGUAAAAAAUUUUAAACAGUGGUAGUUUUGGAUUUUUUCCGAAGAACCAUCCCCAAACCCCUAGCGGCAGCCAAGUUAGCGGCGAUGCGGAGACGAGGUCAUUUUUUGCUACUAAUUUGGGUCGGCCUUUGCGUGGCGGAGCUCUCGUGUGCGACUUGCCUUGCAAGAGCACGAACCGGAGGUAAGCAAAUUACCUUGGUCCGGUUAAUUCUAGAAGUUUAUUGGUAUGUUGUUUCCUUUCAAGUGGAUUUUGGCUACUUAAUUUUGAGAAAAAGCUCUGAAACUCGGUAUGCAAUUCAAGGAUGUUAUGCUCAAUACAUUGAUCGACGGGCUAUGUAAAGUUGGAAAAGUAAUCGAGGAUGCAAGGUUUUCGGUUAUGGAUUCAAUACAAGAGUAUGGCUAGCGAGGUAAUUUGAGGGAUGAUGGAUUUCUUCAAGUAAGGAAUCGAGGAGUCGUCUUUUCGAGGUGAGUGUAAAGGGGAUAAUAUCUCAGUCGUAGGUCUUUUAGUUUAUGCAUUUACUUUAAGUAAUGUUAGUUAAUUUUUGAGUUAUGCGCGAUUAUGUGUGUGAGGCAUCCCACCGCCUACUUAAGGUGGAGGCACGCAUUGUGCUAUGUAAUUGAAUGUAAGGUUAAUGGUAAGAUGAACCCCCAGGCUGUUGGGCCACUACUGGACGCGGUAGAUGGUCGGAUCACUGUUGGACGGCGAUAUGAAACGCAACAGUUGAUCGAGGAUAUUGAGUCCCUACUGGACAGCGAUACGUAACGCAAUAGUUGACCGGACAUGGACUGGAACGCAGUACCAUUGCCUUGAUUAUAGGGACAUUGUUACGAGAUCGGGCCAUCGUAGCAUUUCAUAGAGGAUUGGGCUUGCAUAUACUUAGUAUUUAAUUAUUAGUUCGUAUUUGGAUAUUAUUGGGUCUAAUUUAUUAUUGUCUUAAUUAAUGUUUUCCUUGUUCAUGUUGGUUUGGGUUAUUGUUAGUCGUGUCCUUAGCGGAGUAGGAUUGAAAUUCUAGAUGGGAAAAUGGUAGAGGCUUAUAUGCCUAUAAAUAUGUACUUGUUUCGUUCAUUUAAUGAUAAGAAGAUUGGAACCCAAAUAUUCAGCUUUCGUUCUUUAUUUGCUAUUUCCUUAGUUAUUUCCUUUGAGAGUUCUUUGCGUUUUAUUUCUUUUACGAGAAAACACUAAAAACCUCAUCCCCCUACGUCAAAUCACCGUAACAGUUGGUAUCCAGAGCUCUGUUCUUGGGAUGGCGAGUAAGCAACCACAGCCAACGAAGUCCAGGGUUACGAUCAACAGUUGGGUCACUAUGUGGAACCAAUCUGUGGAGAAGUAUUGCACUAUCCGCAUCGACUCCAUGAGGUUGCCAACUGCCGAGCUGGAAACCGUUGCUCCGCCCAUGUCCGUCGUCGCCACCGAGCAAACCGUGGCUUCAGCUUCGUCAUACAUAAAGUCACCACCCAUUGAGAAGCCGCCAACUUCAACCACCGACUCGAUAAUCAUAGCAGCCGAUCCGUCAAAGGAGGAGCUAACUUCCGAGGUUAUAACUCCAUCCAUCAUACCUGCCUCAUCAUCAACCCCAAGGAUAGAAUCGAGCUCAUCAUGGCUCGCAUACAGGGCCUACGAGGAAACCCUUCCUGGACACGUCAAUGGCUACCCUAGUUAUUGGGGGCCGUCACAUCCACCGUUGAGGGCGACGGAAGUGGCACGGGGAAACCUUGCCAUUGAAGAAGGCGGGGAACGAGGGGACCAGCUAGGGUUUGACGUCGGUGACAAAUCAACCGCUAAUAGAGGAGGCCACGUGCCAAAUCACUUCAUCAAAAAAAUAAUUGGUUUGGUGGAGACCAAUGAAGACUAAGUAGCUACUUCAUCGAUGAAGUCUCGUCUGCCACUAUCCUUGCUGCUGCAAAUACAGUUGCUGGUACUUGUCUGUUUCAGCUUCCGAUUCAACUGAACUAGAAAUACCGAAAGAUGUUGAUACUCGGUGGCGCCAUCGGUUAGCUCCCUGAGAUCGCGCCAUCGUUGCAUUUCGUAGAGGACUGGGCUUGCGUAUCCUUAUUAUUUAAUUAUUAGUUCGUAUUUGGAUAUUAUUGGGUCUUGUUUAUUAUUGUCUUUAUUAAUGUUUUCCUUGUUCAUGUUGGUUUGGGCUAUUGUUAGUCGUGUCCUUAGCGAAAUAGGAUUCAUAUUCUAGAUGGGAAAAGGGUAGAGGCUUCAAUGCCUAUAAAUAUGUACUCGUUUCGUUCGUUUAAUGAUAAGAAGAUUGCAACCCAAAUAUUUAGCUUUCGUUCUUUAUUUUCUAUUUCCUUAGUUAUUUUCUUUGAGGGUUCUUUGCGUUUUAUUCAUUUUACGAGAAAACCCUAAAAAUGCCAUCCCCCUAUGUCGCAUCACCUAAUAGACACCGGACGGCAAUACGUAACGCGGUGGACCCUAGUAAUAAGUAUAUAAGUUAAGAUAGAAGUAGAGAACUUCUAUAAGCUAUUAAGGACGAAAGUAUUAAGUAUGGAAGCGAGAAUGGCUUUCAUGUAAGAUGAAGUAACUGCUAAUAAUGUGUUUAGUAAGGGUUUGCUUAGGCAAAGUAACUGACACCUCCUCACUCACUAGGUUGAGGAAGGGUUAAUGGACGUGGUUUUCAAGAAGAGACAGGACGAGGCGAGCAGCUGUACCAUCAUGGACAAGAUUUCAGGGAGCUCAUCAAGUAGUUAGAGUUAGAGUUUGUCAGUUAUUGAUGUUCAUGAUUAUGAGUAUAACCUGGAGGUUCUAAGUUGAAGUUGUUUUAUUGACUAUGGUUUGACUUUGCCCACGUGUUUAGGGCAUUGCUUUUGAUGUUUUUUCUUGGAAAUGAUUAAAUUGUAUUUGAAUUUUGAGCUUUGUUUUUAACCGGCUCCGGAGCCAUGUGUAUUUCAGUUAGAUAAAAGUAUCGGGAUGUUUCACCGAUUCUCUAAACCCAAACCCGAAGUUCAAUUGAAUAAAUAACAAUCCGUCGUAGAGAUUUUUCGGAGCUUAUCGAAGUGCAUCUAACGGUCAGAUCACUUGGAGUAUACCACUCAUUACCAUAUAAUAUUUAUGCGUUAGAAAUAAAACAUUAUAAUCUUUCUUUUUACAAUUUCUCCAAAUAAAACUAGAAGUAAUUGCUGCAAAAAAAGGUAAUAUGAAGAUGAGAACAUUCACAAUACACUAGGUUUGAAUCUUGGGGCCAACAACCAAUGAAAAACAAGGGGCAAUGGAAAAAUAAUAGCCUCCUAUUAUUUGUUAUACCAUUGUUUCAAAAGAAAGUUCGUGGACAUACGAAAAAACAUUUUAUCGUUGCUGGAUCAUUAAUUCGAUAAUAAUUUAAUAUUUUUUCCUGUUUCUUGGAGAGAUCCAUAUAAACCCAACAACCCAUAAUAGUAAUAGGUGUUUUAAUAGCAGGUCUUUGAGACUUAUUUGUCCUAAUGUCCUCGGCCUAGGGUUGGGGCUGUUAACGAUACUUUGUUCACUCCAUCGAUGUAACUACGAAUGAAGAGAUAUGAGCUAGCGUGAACCUUAAAUUUCACAUCAUUCCUCCAAAUAAACCCUAACAAAAGGAGCUUAAUCAU